GAACGUCGAUGAAGACCAAUCCGAACGCCAUGAUGACCAUACAGACCAACACCAUCUUCACGAACGUUGCCGAGACGAGCGACGGUGGGGUCUGGUGGGAGGGCCUGGAAAUGCCGCCGCCCGAUGUGAGCAUCAAGUCAUGGAAGGGCGAGCCCAACUGGAAGCCCGGUGAAAAGUCCAAAACGGCCGCGCACCCGAAUGCGCGUUUCUGCACCCCGGCUGGCCAGUGCCCCAUCAUCGACCCGGCCUGGGAGGACCCCAAAGGCGUGCCUAUCUCUGCUAUCAUAUUCGGAGGCCGCAGGCCCGAAGGGGUGCCCCUGGUGUUCGAAGCCUUCAACUGGAGCCACGGCGUUUUCCUUGGUGCGUGCAUGCGGUCCGAAACUACGGCAGCUGCCGAGCACAAAGGCAAAAUCAUCAUGCACGACCCGUUCGGGAUGCGACCUUUCUUCGGAUACAACUUCGGCGACUACUUGACCCACUGGCUGAGCUUCGCCAAAGAAGAAGGCAACCAGCUUCCCAGGAUCUAUCACGUCAACUGGUUCCGCAAAGGCCCCGACGGCAAGUUCCUAUGGCCAGGCUUUGGCGAGAACUGCCGGGUCCUGGACUGGAUUCUUCGCCGCGUCGACGGUGAAGUCAACAUAGCCAGGGAGACCUUCCUGGGUUACGUGCCUACCGACGAUGCACUGAACCUGACCGGCCUGACCGAGUCGAUCAACAUGGCGGAGUUGAUGCGCGUGGACAAAGAAUUCUGGCUCAAGGAAUGCCGCGACAUCAAGACUUUCUUCGACGAGCAAGUAGGGCGCUCGCUGCCACAGGCCAUCGCCGAUCAGCUGACCGAGCUGAAGGAGCGCAUCAACAAGGCCUGAAAAGUGGGCGUUAUGCCCUUGCCGACCCAGACGAGCCCGCAGCUGGCAAUAAAGCAUCGAUUGAAAGGCACAACGGUACAGCGGUCAUGAUCUCUUCCAGGAUUCAAGUGCAUCUUGUUUCUCUAUAACAAAAGCUUGCACGUCUUUUUUUUUUUUUUUCGCUCGACGUAAGCGGACCACCGACACAUUACCCGCCCUUUCAUUCAUUGCGUACGUAACUCAAUGCUAAAAUUGUCGCAUUGUGCUCGUCGCGCUUGUUCGGCACAAAGAAAUUUGCCGGAGAAAGCUGAAGGAACCAUGUGUGUUUAGAAAUUCAAACUUGCUCAAAUGCGGAAACACGACGUAAAAGCCUGCUCGGGAACAGUGAGACGUCGUUUUGUUGAAGGGCACAGGUAAUGUGACAUGCGUGCUCUCUGCACAAUACUUUCAAGGAACGCAAGAAGACGGACAGAACUACGUCUCUCAUCUGUAUAGAUUGCGCUCCUUCGCCUGCAGUGGUUCCUC